AUGCAGAAACAGACUGCCAGUGAGAUGGAGUUGAAGUGUCAACAACGCAUUACAGAUCUUGAAUCUCAGGUCAAUCACUAUAUGGAGUCAACCACAAAGUUGCAAACUGAGGUAGAUCGCCUACUUGGUUUAGUAAGAAAUAUGGAUACUGAGAAGAUGGACAAGGAAAAUCAUAUGCAGGAACUAGAAGACGGCCUUUGA